CUUCUUCCUCCCUCGGACCGGUCUUCUUUCGGUGCGGCUUCCGGGAUGCCCCCACCGGUUCUGGGUUGACCGGUACCCGUUCUCUCCCGCCACGCUCCCGGGUCCCCAGACUCCAUUUACAGGCCGGUGGCUUGCGGUGGAACCUCCCCGUCCCCACCCCACCCCCAUCUCGGAGAGCGCGCGCCCUCCUGCACCCCAGGAACCAAUCAGCAGCCGCCUUAGGUGACCAUGUCUGAGUCUGGGCACAGUCAGCCUGGGCUCUAUGGGAUAGACAGGCGGCGGCGGUGGAAGGAGCCAGGCCCUGGCGGCCCCCAGAAUCUCUCCGGGCCUGGCGGUCGGGAGAGGGACUACAUUGCACCUUGGGACAGAGAGAGACGGGAUGGCAGCGAAGAGACAAGCACGGCGGUCAUGCAGAAAACCCCCAUCAUCCUCUCAAAACCUCCAGCAGAGCGGUCAAAGCAGCCACCGACUCCAACGGCCCCUGCCGCCCCGCCUGCCCCAGCCCCUCUUGAGAAGCCCAUUGUCCUCAUGAAGCCACGGGAGGAGGGGAAAGGGCCUGCGGCCACAGCGAGUGCCUCCACCCCCGAGGGCACUGCGCCGCCACCCACUGCAGCCCCUGCACCACCCAAGGGGGAGAAGGAGGGGCAGAGACCCACACAGCCUGUGUACCAGAUCCAGAACCGGGGCAUGGGGACUGCCGCGCCGGCAGCCAUGGACCCUGUCGUGGGCCAGGCCAAACUGCUGCCCCCAGAGCGCAUGAAGCACAGCAUCAAGUUGGUGGAUGACCAGAUGAAUUGGUGCGACAGUGCCAUUGAGUACCUGUUGGAUCAGACCGAUGUCUUGGUGGUUGGUGUCCUGGGCCUCCAGGGGACAGGCAAGUCCAUGGUUAUGUCGUUGUUGUCAGCCAACACUCCUGAGGAGGACCAGAGGGCCUAUGUCUUCCGGGCCCAGAGUGCCGAAAUGAAGGAACGAGGGGGCAACCAGACCAGUGGCAUUGACUUCUUUAUUACCCAGGAGCGGAUCGUUUUCCUGGACACGCAGGUGCUGACCCCCCACUCACCCCACCCUGCUGCAUGCAGCACUCACCUUCAUCCCCAAAUGUGUUUAAGCCAGAACCCUGCUUGGAUUCCAUGGGGCUCCGGCCAAGCCAUGGACAUGCUAGUGCCUUUGGGCAAGUUGUGUCUCUUUUUGGCCCUUAGUCUCUUCUUGUCCGAUUUCACCCCCUCUCCCCUCCCAUCCAUCGUGUACACGGGAGCCUAAAGAAUCUUACAGCGU